AUUGUACACAUCAAGAAUUAAAAUAUGAAUAUGAUAAUGAUAUGAAAUUGCCCAUUCUGCAUGAAUAGUUCUGUUACUUUUUACUGUGUACCACCCUGUUCGUUUCUAUUUAACUUUUCCGCCCUCUUAUUUUGAAAGACGAACUCUCAAACCGGAAGUGGUAAUCUUUUUACUGUUACCUGCCACAGUUUCUUUGGUACCUAAAAGAAAAAAAAGAAAAGUAUCUGCCUCUAGAAGCCACCACAGCGAUGUCACGCCUCCGGUCGUGUAAUGACGAAUCGUUAACGAUUUACGAUCGCGAAUUACUUUUAUUUCCGACCAUAAAUGCGCUGAGGAAGUACGAGAGCGGUUUUUGUACUGUAUCCACAUCCGCCGCUCAUUACGGGGUCACGGAGUGCUGGAACCAGUGAGAGAUUAUCCACAGGACGGACAGCUGUCGGAGGGGACGACAUGUUGAAGUGCAGCCUGUGGGCUUUUCUGCCUCCAGUCUACUCUGCGUUCACUGCUGCUGGACUGUGGGUGGUGUACUUUGUCGCUCUCAGAGAUGGGAAAAUAGCACCUCUGGGUUCAAAAUACUGGUCAAUGAACGGAUCCCUUUACCCUCCCUACAUCAGUGUUGCAGGCAACUUUCCAAAAGCCAGCUGCAUCUUCAGCGAAGUCAUGAACUUGUCUGCGUUUGUGGGGUUCAUUAUCGGCUUCCUCAGAUACCUUCAGCUGAAACCCAAAGUGACAGCAGCUUGGCUGAACGUUGGCAGUCUGCUGGGUUUCUCUGCUGGCUGCUUUGGGAUGACACUCAUAGGAAACUUCCAGCUUUUCACUGACAUGAUUACACACAACAUUGGAGCCUUGCUGACCUUUGGCGUGGGGACGUUGUUCUGCUGGGCGCAGUCCUACAUCACCAUGACAGUUAACAUACAGAACGAGGGGAGGAAGACGGGUAUCGUUCGCUUCCUGCUGUCCGGGUUCAUCACUGUCUGCUUCAUACUGUACAUUUCCCUGCAGGUUCAGCAGCAGCACGGACAAGCGGCGCAGAGCCAGUGGGCUCUGGUCAUGUUCUUCCUGCUCUUCAUCAGCACCUUUGCCGUCGAGUUUCGUCACAGCCGCUUUGUCACCGUGUGCACAGAGGACUGUCGGAGUCCGGUGAGCCUGUCAGAGAGCCUGUCUGCAGGGUCCAGGAGUCAGCGAAAACAGCUGUGACUCCGUCUCAGCUCACUUUAUUUCAUCAGAGUCGAGUGUUGUGUUUCCUGCUCUGAGUAAUGUUUUAAAAGCAACACCAAAGAUCUCCGUUUACAAUCCUAUUCCCUUGUGUGCAAAGAAAAUCAUAUAAUUUAAUUAAAGCUUCUUUUUUUAACUUAA